AUGCCCACCAGAAAUGGCAGUGUCGUAACAGAAUUCGUUUUGCUAGGGCUCACGGAUCGCCAAGAGCUCCAGCCUGCCCUCUUUGUGCUGUUUCUGGCCCUUUACCUCAUCACCCUCUCUGGGAACCUGGGCAUGGUAGUGUUGAUCCAACUGGACUCUCGCCUUCACACGCCCAUGUACUUCUUCCUCAGUAACCUGGCCUUUGUGGACUUGUGUUACACCUGCAAUGCAACCCCACAGAUGCUGAAGAAUUUCUUAUCAGAGAAGAAGACCAUCUCCUUUGUGGGAUGCUUUACACAGUGCUACAUUUUCAUUGCCCUUCUCCUCACAGAGAUUUACAUGCUCGCUGCAAUGGCCUAUGACCGCUAUGUGGCCAUAUGUGAUCCUCUGCGCUACAGUGUGAAGAUGUCCAGGAGAGUGUGCAUCUGCUUGGCCACAUGUCCUUAUGUGUAUGGGUUCUCAGAUGGACUCUUCCAGAGCAUCCUGACCUUCCACAUGACCUUCUGUAGGUCCAAUGUCAUCAAUCACUUCUACUGUGCUGACCCACCACUCAUCAAGCUCUCCUGCUCUGACACGUAUGUCAAAGAGCAUAAAAUGGUCAGAGGAAAUUCCACCUUGGUGACAGAAUUCAUUCUCUUGGGAUUGACAGAUCGCCCAGAGCUUCAGCCCAUCCUCUUUGUGCUGUUCCUGGCGAUCUACCUGAUCACUGUUGGGGGCAACCUUGGGAUGGUGGUGUUGAUCAAAGUGGACUCCCGCCUACACACUCCCAUGUACUACUUUCUCGCCAGUUUGUCCUGCUUGGACUUGUGCUAUUCCACUAAUGUGACUCCCAAGAUGUUGGUGAACUUUUUAUCGGAGAAGAAAACCAUUUCCUAUGCUGCCUGCUUAGUGCAGUGCUAUUUUUUCAUUGCCAUGGUGAUUACUGAGUAUUAUAUGCUAGCUGUGAUGGCCUACGACAGGUACAUGGCCAUCUGUAACCCGUUGCUUUACAGCAGCAAGAUGUCCAAAGGAGUCUGUGCUCGCCUGAUUGCUGGUCCCUAUAUCUAUGGGUUCCUGAGUGGCCUGAUGGAAACCAUGUGGACUUACCGCCUGACCUUCUGCGGCUCCAAUAUCAUUAACCACUUCUAUUGCGCAGAUCCCCCCCUCAUCCGGCUCUCCUGCUCUGACACGUUCAUUAAGGAAACAUCCAUGUUUGUGGUAGCAGGGUUCAAUCUCUCCAACUCCCUCCUCAUUAUCAUCAUCUCCUACAUCUUCAUUCUCAUGGCCAUUCUGAGGAUGCGUUCUGCCCAAGGCAGGCGCAAAGCCUUUUCUACCUGUGGGUCCCACCUGGUGGCAGUGACUGUGUUUUAUGGGACCCUGUUCUGCAUGUAUGUUAGACCUCCCACGGACAAGUCAGUCGAACAGUCCAAAAUCAUUGCUGUUUUCUACACUUUUGUCAGCCCUAUGUUGAAUCCCAUCAUUUAUAGUCUGAGAAACAAGGAUGUGAAACAAGCUUUUCGGAAACUCAUCAGAAGAAAUGUGCUCUCUAAAUAA